CAUGGAACUGAUAACAUAAGUUCAAGUGAAAUUGUCGGCUUUGCUGAGGAAGAGGGGAUAGACGGUGAUGAUGAAAGACAUACAACUGCGCAUGAAAGCAGUGAUGAAGAGGGCAAUGAAGAUG